GAGAGAGAGAGAGAGAGAGAGAGAAGCGGAGAGGCGAAGAGGCGAAUGAAAAACUGCGUAGCCCCCACUGGUUGACACAGACGGGCAGAUAGUGAGAGAGAGAGAGAGAGAGAGAGAGAGAGAGAGAGAGAGAGAGAGAGAGAGAGAGAGAGAGAGAGAGAGAGAGAGAGAGAGAGAGAGAGAGACUUGCCGUUCUGGGUCGUGUGUGAUAUCCGGAGCGUUCUCCUGCACUUUUUAUGCGACGCGACGGCAGAUUUAAACGGCGUGCACGAGAGUGGAGAAGAGAACAGCCCGCAGCCUGUAAACACAGCCGGCCGAGUGUUCUCGCUGGUGGCAGUUCGAGGCGGUUAACGUUCAAGAUUUUGCAGUGCUUCACUUCAGCAGUUCCUACUCUUACAUGGUAACAAAGGGCUGAAGACUAGAGAUGGCAGUGUGGAUUCAGGCGCAGCAGCUGCAGGGUGAUGCCCUGCACCAGAUGCAGUCUCUCUAUGGCCAACACUUUCCCAUAGAGGUGCGACACUACCUGUCCCAGUGGAUUGAAGGGCAACUCUGGGAUGCGAUAGAUCUGGAGAACCCUCAGGAGGAGUUUAAAGCUAAGCGUUUAUUGGACAGUUUAAUUCAGGAACUACAGAAGAAGGCGGAGCAUCAAGUGGGAGAGGACGGUUUUCUCCUCAAGAUUAAACUAGGCCACUAUGCUUCACAGUUAAAGAGCACAUAUGACCGCUGUCCGCUGGAGCUGGUGAGAUGCAUCAAACACAUUCUCUACACAGAGCAGAGACUCGUCAGAGAAGCUAAUAAUUCGAGCUCACCGCUGGGCGGAAUGAUAGACAGCAUGUCUCAGAAAUACCAACAAAUCAACCAGGCCUUCGAGGAGCUGCGGAUUCUGACGCAGGACACAGAGAAUGACCUGCGCAAACUACAACAUAACCAGGAGUACUUCAUUAUACAAUACCAGGAGAGUCUGCGAAUACAAGCUCAGCUGACGAGCCUGGCCACAUUGCCUCCCGCUGACAGACAGCUGCGAGAGCCCAGUCUCCUCAGUAAGAGAGCUACUGUGGAAGCCUGGCUUACCAGAGAGGCCAACACCCUACAGAAAUACAGACUGGGUCUGGCGGAGAAGCACCAGAAGACACUGGCCUUGUUGCGGAAACAGCAGACUGUGAUUCUGGAUGAUGAGCUGAUUCAGUGGAAGAGACGUCAGCAACUGGCUGGAAAUGGAGGACCACCAGAAGGGGGGCUGGACAUUCUACAGUCAUGGUGUGAGAAGCUGGCAGAGACCAUUUGGCAGAAUCGACAGCAGAUCAGAAGGGCAGAGCAUUUAAGACAGCAGCUGCCCAUCCCCGGGCCCAUAGAGGAGCUGCUCAAUGAUCUCAACAGCACCAUCACCGACAUCAUCUCCACCCUCGUCACCAGCACCUUCAUCAUAGAGAAGCAGCCUCCUCAGGUGCUGAAGACACAGACGAAGUUUGCCGCUACAGUCCGUCUACUGGUGGGGGGGAAACUCAAUGUCCACAUGAACCCUCCUCAGGUCAAAGCUACCAUCAUCAGCGAGCAACAGGCCAAAGCGCUGCUUAAAAAUGAAAACACCAGGAAUGACAGCAGUGGAGAAAUCCUGAAUAAUAACUGUGUGAUGGAGUAUCACCAAACCACAGGCACUCUGAGUGCACACUUCAGGAACAUGUCUUUGAAGAGGAUCAAGCGUUCAGACCGACGAGGGGCAGAGUCUGUAACCGAGGAAAAGUUUACCAUCUUGUUUGAGUCACAAUUUAGUGUUGGGGGCAAUGAGCUAGUUUUUCAGGUCAAGACGCUAUCUUUGCCUGUAGUGGUGAUUGUCCAUGGAAGUCAAGACAACAAUGCUACAGCUACAGUCCUGUGGGACAAUGCUUUUGCCGAACCGGGCCGGGUACCUUUCAUAGUGCCAGAUAAGGUGCUGUGGCCACAGCUGUGUGAUGCUCUCAAUAUGAAGUACAGGGCAGAGGUGCAGUCGAACAGAGGCUUAUCUGAGGAGAACCUGGUGUUCCUCGCUCAGAAAGCCUUCAGCAGCUCCAGCUCCAACCCUGAGGACUACCGCAGCAUGACCAUGACCUGGUCUCAGUUUAACAGGGAGAGCCUGCCAGGCAGGAACUUCACGUUCUGGCAGUGGUUUGAUGGUGUCAUGGAGCUCACUAAAAAACACCUGAAGCCUCACUGGAACGAUGGGGCUAUCCUGGGCUUUGUGAAUAAGCAGCAGGCUCAGGACAUGCUGAUGUCCAAACCUAACGGAACGUUCUUGUUGCGAUUCAGUGACUCAGAGAUAGGGGGCAUCACCAUUGCAUGGGUGGCGGAAAACCCCAACAAAGCAGGGGAGAGAAUGGUGUGGAACCUCAUGCCCUAUACAACCAAAGACUUCUCUAUCCGCUCUCUUUCUGACCGCAUCAGUGACCUGAACCACCUGCUGUUCCUCUACCCUGAUCGGCCCAAAGACGAGGUUUUCUCCAAAUAUUACACCCCUCCUCUCUCAAAAGCCGUGGACGGCUAUGUCAAACCACAGAUCAAACAAGUAGUGCCAGAGUUUGCAACACCUAAUCCUGACCCUGCAGCAAACCCCACCUACAUGGAUCAUGCAGCAUCACCGGCCGUCAGUCACCCAUCAAAUUACGGCAUUUAUCCAGCCAUGAGUGACAGUAUGCUGGAUAAUGAUGGUGAUUUUGAUCUGGACGACACCAUGGAUGUAGCAAGGCACGUGGAGGAGCUGCUUCGCCGACCGAUGGACGGCCAGUGGAGCGGCCAGCAGUCAUGACCUCUCAACCUUAGACCUCUCUCCCUCAGUGAUGGUUAAUUCCAUUCAUCUCUACUGCCCUCCUUCUAAUCCUCCUAAUCCCUCCCUCCUUCCUUUCCCUCCUCUCUUCAUUUCAUCCCUAAUGUGAAAAAGUUCAGUGAUGGAUAUGGUUUCUUGUAUUUUUUUUUUGGUUGUUUUUCUCUCAUUCUCUCUUUCUCCUCUCGUGCUCUGUUGUUCUUUUUUUCUCUGCAUGUGAGCCGCAUGCAGAGACGAAGCAGAUUGUUUUCUCUUUCCCCCUUUCACAUGUGUGAAAGAGAAAAGAAAUUAAAAAAUAGAACCAAACAGUAUUGUGAGAAAAAGCUCUCGUAACACGCAUGUGUUCUCCUUUCUUUUUCAUUUUAUGGGUUUAUUUUGAAAUGCAGUUGUCUGAAGUAGCGCCAUGAAAAAAGCCCAAAAUAGAACUGUACUACUGUAAGAAUGUGUUUUAUUUUCAGAUUGUUGUCUUUCAUUUUAUAUUGUGUCCGGAUUAAUUUGCAUCGAAAGUUCAUGCGUUCAAACCCUUUGCACUCUGGAAAAAAUGCAUCUUUGUGGGGAAGAUGAAAUCACUGUUACCAUGGUGAUUGUAAUGUAUGUCUCUAUACACUAAAGCGCAUUUCAGUUGCAACAGAGCUAUUGAUAGUCAGUAUGUCUGCAAAGGUCCCUGAAAAGACUGGACAGAUUUUCUUUAUGUCUGAGUUCUUAAAACAUACAUAUUCAUGCACAAAUGCACUCGCAGGCUUGAUUUACAUACACAGGUGUCCACAUACAUUCAAGUAAGUGGAGAACUUUGAGGUAUUUGAGCACUUUGAGGUAAAAACACACACACAAACACACUGCCACCUCCCUCUCUUUCUGUUUCCCCAGCUGUUUAAGGGUGCGGUGUGUGUAUUUGUACUGGGCAAUUUGUUAUACUACAUCAGAAACCCACUGUGUUAAAAAGCAUGAUGGACUCUAUUUUUUAUUUUUUGCACUGCAAAAAAGUACAGCACUGUGGAAAGGUCUGAGACCACCCAUCUCUGGUUACAUCUCCAAUCAAAACAGUCAUUAAGUGCAAGUUAUUCAUGUUUUUGAUGAUAUUAGAUAAUAAGUUAAUCCAUCCAAAGAAUCUAAGUAAAAACAGGAGUUUCCAAAACAAGGCAAGACCCGGUUGACUACCGAAACUGUCCACAUCAAAUAACCAGUACUUCAAGCUUUCAUCAUUAAAAGAUACUGGAAAAUACAUCAAGCUCCACUUUUGCUUCAGAUCUGAAAAAAUUCACAGAAUGUCUGUCCAUCCUUCCACUGUGAGAAGACAACUCAGCACUAUGAGUCUAAAAGGAUGUGUAGCUUUCAAGAAGCACUUCAAGAAAAAGAUUUUUGCAAAUCAGACAAAUAUUUGCAAAUCAGACAAAGAGGCUGCUGGUUUUCAGUCCAGUUUUGGAGUCCAGAGCAUCACUGAAAGUGUUUGGGAAUAGUUGGAUCAGCAGAAAAUGCAGUUUCUAAGACUGAUCUUUGGAAUUUCUGGAAAACUGUCCCUGCACAUUUCUUUGAAAAACUGAAAGUGGGUCUCCUGAAAAGACAUUUGAUGUUAUAUUUAGAUGUUGAGGUGAAUUUUCUAUAUAUAUUUUUUGCUUUUUCCUGACACUGAAAAAUGAAUAAAUUGUGCUUAAUGGACAUUUUGAUUGGAAGUUCAAUAAAUGAAGGGAGGUCUCUUAUACACUGUAUGUCUAAUAUAUAAAAACAUUUGUUUACACUUCUCUGUAGAUUGUCUAGAGAUUCUCAAAUUGUUAGGUUUAAGAUUGGGUUUUAGGUUGGGCCCAAAGUUUAAUCACACACUUGUAUAUUUUGUGAGAAUAACUCAGCCAGUUUGCAUUGAAGUCCUUGAAGUUACUGAAUAAUAGACCUUAAUAUGUAAUAAGCCUGGGAUUAUAAGUGGCUAAGAAAUUUCAUCAAGUGAAAUGAUAUUUUUGUGUUAGCUUUUUUAAAAAACAGGAAGUGAAACGAUCUCCCAGGACAGUAAAAUCAUUCCUCCUAAUAAAAUAAAAGUACUAAAAAGUUUGGAUGCAGAUGGAAUAAUCUGAUAAUAUUUUUACCACCUCCCAUAAUGAGAAGUGUUAGAUACAUUAAAUACGCUCAAGAAGUUUCCAUUCUUUGUAGUGUGGAAGUGCUACACUAGGUUCGCCCUGGCUUUAUCCAGAGCAACAGGUGAAGCCUGCCGUGCCUCAUACAGCACACUGAGCAUGUGCAAAACGAGAGCACAUGCAGCUGUUGUCAUGGUGACGUAUGCUGCUCUAAUGCUGUAGACUGUGUCCAGUUAUUCUUAUAGCUUUAGAACAGCUAGAUGUGUAUGCACCCUCCCUUAUUAGACCUCCCCCCACUCAGACUCUCUCUCUCUUUGUCUCUGCCCCAUCAUACUCUCUUACUGCACUGAAACAAGUGAUGCAUUGUAUUCUCACAUUCACAUCAAUUCCACGUGAAUAAAAUAUAAUACUUCAACACAGUUUUGUUUUACAGUUUACCUACUUUUGGCAAUAAUUGUGUUGAUAUGAUACAUAUUAUUUAUGUGGAAAUGAAUUUGCAUUACUUUGUUUCUUUUACUCAUACACACACACACAAAUACGCAAAUAUACACACUCAGGACAGUUAAAAAACCGUGGAUGUAUCAUUCAGGCUAAAGAAACAGGCAGAAGAGAAGAUCUAUAUUCAGUAUAAAUAUAUAUGAAUUUAUUUUCUUUAACAUAAUUCUAUUUUAUUACUGUGGAAGCUCUAUGGCACCGUCCCUCUAUGCUCUGUGUACUGUGAAUGCUACAUAAACACUUCAGGCCUUUGUAGAUGAAGCCCCUAGAUGUUGACCUGAGGCUCAAAGCCAGGUUGUAGCUAUUACAUGAAGAAAAGAGAAAAAUGAAACAGAUCUUCAGCAUCGGAAGGCUUUUGCUACCAACACUGCAGUCUUGCUUUAACUAGGGGUGGGCGAUAUGGCAAUAUGUAAUCAUACUGUGAUAAAUUGUAUCGCGAUAUGCAUUGCAGGAAACAACUGUGUUUCGAGAACUGUAAACUAUUCGUUCAAAUCAGAGCUUUAGACUGUCUAUGGUCCUCCCACCAGUGUUCUUCAUAGCAACCUUUGUUAGCUUGGACAAGCUUCACAGAUCCCAUUCAGCCUAAUGAGAAACUCUAAACUUGCAAUGUGUGUUUUUCAUUUCAAACGAUAUUUAUUUUGCAUGUGCAUCUCUGAUUAGCUGCAACAGACACCAGCUCAUUAGUGUAGCAUUUUAAAAUGGAAACUCAAUGUUAUGUAGUGACUCUAAACAACCUAAAUUCAUUCGGUUGAAUGGGAUUUUAGCUAAAGUCUGUAAAGCAGAGCGUGGAUUGUUAAUAAUUUAAACUGCAUUUUAACAAAUAGCUGAUUGUAUAUCAUUAUUUAUUGUUUUCUAGCUGUGUGCUUUUUACAGUGAAUUAAAUAAUCAUGAUUAAUUGUCAUACAGCGUUUUUUCAGUGUGGCAAUAGUUCCAACUCAUUUGGAAAAACGAAAUAUCCUAAUGCAUUUGGUGUAUUGUGAAAAGUAUUACAGUAUUACUUUGGCCAUAUCGCCCUCCUCUGUCUUUAACCCACAGCCAAGCUGUUGCAUGAAUGAAAAAGCCAUAUGAUAAGCACGGACACUACUGUGCUUCAUGUGUUUCCCGCAGACAUUACUAAUCAACAAAAUAGUUUGAUUCCUCUCAGUGUAGUUUGGUUUCCUUUGAACUUUUCCUAUUUUUUUUGAUCCCCUCCCUCAUUCUCCUCUAGAGCAGAGGAGAGUCUGAAGAUAACGUGAGAAGUUGUGCGAUUUUUCUUUUGCUUUUUUGUGUCCUUUUUUUAUUGAUUUUGUUUUGUUUUUGCUGUUGUUCUUUUUUCCAGACUCUGGUCUUGUCACUCAGUAGUCUGUCUUUCACACUGUAGGUGGUAAUGUGUAUGUGUGCUGGUGUGUGGGUGUGUCUAUGAGUAUGUGUGUUUGUGUGCUGGUGUGUGGGUGUGUCUAUGAGUAUGUGUGUGUGUGUGCUGGUGUGUGGGUGUGUCUAUGAGUAUGUGUGUGUGUGUGUGUGUGUGUGCUGGUGUGUGUGUGUGUGUGUGUUCAGCCUCGUCUCGUGUUUUUGUCACAUGUUUUUGGUUUGGUUUUAGUGCUUGGAUAUGUGUUCUAAAAGAAGAGCAAUUGAAUUGAAAAUAAAGUUUUAUAAAUAAUUUGAACUGAA